AUGGCGGCGGGCGUUCCUGCGGUUGGUGGCAGUGGUGGGAAGGCAUGGUCGUGGUCGCUUUCGCGUUCUGUCGAGUCGGCAUCGGUGAGAUUGUCGUGUUUCUCGGAAUACUCUGCCUGUAAGGGCAAGGAAGGCGUCAGCGUCGUGGUCAAAGAAGAACGACGCGCGCCAAGUUCAUGCAGCUCAUCGUGCUGGUCGAGCCGCCAGGACUGGGGUGCCAGCUGCUCAGCUGGAAGCCCAAGGCGUCUCCUAUCGAGAAGUGGCUCGUUUCGGGGUUGCGAGGUAAGCAGCGAGGGUCGAGAAAGGGAAACCCUUGGAAGAUUUGGCUUUGAGUUGGGUACAUUAAUGCUUGUCUGUUGGUUCGGUCGAGGUGGUGGUGCUGGAGGCAGCGGCAAGGGCGGCGACAACGGCGACGCCGUGGGUGGACUAUGGGAAAUCGCCAAAGCCCCUGGAAGCAUACCGUCGGUGUCCCGUAGUUCUGUUGUCGAUGUGGGCAAGGGAGCCUCGUUGGAAGAUCGCGACGAGCCAUCCGCUGGCCAAGUCGUUGUAUUGUCGAGUCGCGACUGUCGUGGAAAGGCGGAGGUGAGGAUGGACGUCUGGACGCGUUGGUCGAGGAACGGGGAGGCUAGGAAAGCAAUAGGUUGUUCGGCACGUGGUUACCAUCUAGCGAUGGUGCAAAUGCGAUAA